AUGGCGUCGAGCUCAUCCUUGCUGCUCGGACUGACAGCGUCCCUCGUAGCCUACAGGCUCUUAGCUCUGUGGAAGGCUCGCCGUUCAAUUAGCUACCACCCUGGCAACUUCCUCACCUUUGGCUUUGGAAACCUGUUCGCUGCUUUCGCGUUGCCACCUAUCAAAUGGAUUAGCCCUGGAACCAAUUUCUUCUGGGAUGAGAAACACGCCCCAUUUGAAAGAUAUGGCUGGGACAUCUUUUCCAGUUUCUCUAUCUGGCCCGGGGGACUGCAACUCAUUGUCGCCGAUGCCGCUGUAAUCAAAGUACGGCCUUCAUCUUCCCUCCUCCCUGGGCAGUCGCUUAUCAGGACAUCACAGGAAGUAUCGUCCUCAAGGACACGAUUUCGAAAGCCUAUUGAGCUGUACGGACCCGUGAACAUAUUCGGAGACAAUAUUCUGUCUUCUGAAGGUGAGGAAUGGAAGAGGUUCAAGAAGAUAGUCUCUCCAGCCUUCUCUGAGCGUAACAAUCGACUUGUAUGGGAAGAGACCAUUCAAGUUCUCGCUCAGCUCUUCUCAGACGUGUGGGAGAACAAAGAUCGAGUUACGAUCGACAACACUAAAGAUCUCACGUUCCCAAUUGCACUGUUUGUCAUCGGCGCUGCAGGAUUUGGUCGGAAAAUCUCAUGGAAAGAAGAAGACAACUGUCCUCCAGGACACGCAAUGUCGUUCAAGCAAGCGCUUCACAUUGCUGCAGAGAACAUCGUCGUUCGAGCAGCAUUCCCCGGAUUUAUUCGGAAGUUGGUACCCAGCUUGCGAAAGAUAAAUUUAGCUUAUGAGGAGCUGGGGCUUUACAUGCAAGACCUCAUUCGGGAACGCUUAGAUUCGGCUGAGAAAGCAGAGAAGCACGACUUGCUGAGUCUCCUCGUCGAACAUAGCGAUGAGGACAAAGAGAACCCACUGACGGAUCAAGAAGUCAUGGGAAACAUAUUCUUGUUCCUUGUUGCUGGGCACGAGACGACAGCUCAAACACUCUGCUUCGCCUUCGCUCUCUUGGCUUUGUACCCUGAAGAGCAAGACGCGCUUUACCAAGAAAUCAAAACCUUUGUCCCGGAUGCAACGUUGCCUGCAUCCGAAGUGCCGAAGGUCGCGACCGAGGACACAGUUUUGACUACCGGAAACCUAGCUGGUGAAUCCAAGACGAUCCCCGUUCCCAAAGGCACGCGCAUAAGCUUCAGCCUUCCAGGGGUCCACCACAAUCCGAGAUACUGGCCAGACCCACUCGAAUUCAAACCAAGCCGCUUCCUAGACCCCAACUGGCCUCGAGACGCCUUCGUACCCUUCAGCGCAGGCCAUCGAUCCUGUAUCGGAAGACGCUUCUUCGAAGUCGAAGCAGUCGCAACGAUGGUGAUGUUGCUCUCUCGAUACAAGAUUACCGUUAAAGAAGAGCCUCAAUUCGCUGGUGAGACUUGGGAAGAGAAGAAAGCGAGAGUUCUUGCGACCAGGGCGGGGGCCACUUUGACGUCAGUGUCUGUUUCCUCGCGUUCCAAUGGAAUGAGCUAA